UUAAGUGCUUUUACUGAAAUCGGGAUCUGAUCAGACCCCAACGAAAGUCCCAGUCUUGGAUCCCUCCUCAGUAUUCACUGCCGGCCAAGAAACUUCCUGCAAAUGCUGAAUUGUUUACAGCGGCUAUUUCACUCAUGCCCAGGAUUUCUUUAAGGUCAACAUUUCUUCUGGCACACUGGGCUUGAACUGCACUUUAUUCCCCUUUAAUUUAACAGCUCCGGCAGCUUUUCUAGUUAAAUCGACUGUUCAUUAUUGAGCCUCAUUUUACGAAGGGGCUGUGAGGUGCAGUUUAAUGAAUCUCUGGCACAAAGAUCCCUUUCACUGCCCGAGGAAUAAUAGAAGCUAUUUAGACCAUGUAGGGCUGUAUGUCAAAGGCUGCCUAUAAUAGUUGUCAGGCAGAGGCAAAAAUUCCCACUGUUGCGGGAAUGCACAAGAAAUCAACUCCCAUUGCGAACAGAUUGAGAUAGUUUUAGGAAGUUAGAGGAACAUGUAGAAAAAUCUGCCGAAAGCUGGAAUUUGGGGGAAGGGAGGAUUAUUUAAGAGGGCAGGGCCAAUGAAAACCUGUCCCAAAGCAUGUAUUUCCAUUUACCUUUAUUCAGGACUUAAUGCCCGUGUUGUGAAUGUCUUGUCAAGUUUAUGAUAUAUGAUAUAUGCAUACAAAUUCAAGAGGUGGAUUUUGUGAGACAUGUGGACAAGUAUAUAAAAUGUAGAUCAAAUUGCAGGAAAUUUACACAAUGCCCAGUAUUAUUCAGUCCAGCUUAAAACUAAACAACUUUAUAAUCUCCCAUCAAGUUUUAUUGUAUUUCAAGACCUCAGAGGGAUUCAGCAUUUGUUACAUUAAGUAUUUGUAGUUAAAAAACUAACAAUUUAUAAACUACAUUGUGUCAGGAAAUGUUAGAUAUUUUAUCACUCAUGUUUUAACAUUUUGAGUUGGAUGUUUAAUUUACAAGCUAUUAAACUCUGUCAUUUUCAAAAGAUUAAAUAUAAGCAAUUCAGAUGCCCUGAGGACAGUCCAAUGUAGAUGUUCUCAUAGAUUAUAUAUAAAAAUAAUGUGUAUAUACAUUCAUAUACAGGCAGACUUGAUCAGGGCAGAUGAACCCAAGACUAUUGUCUUUUUACUCUGUGGGAUGCCUCAGACUAAUCCCUUUUAGUUGCAGGUGGUCAGGCGUGAGCAAAGAGUUAAGUCUUCUGGUCCCUCGGCCCCUCCCCUUUGAUGUCCUGACAUCAUUGGCCCUGCCCUCUAAAAUAAUUCCCCCUUCCCCCAAACUCCAGCUUUCGGUGAAUUGCAGAGGAACUGUAAGGGUGUCCUGCACAGGAUCAAGGCUUAGCAAACCUCCCUGGAAAUGCAGAUAAUAAAUAUGCUUUAGGGUCUCUCAGAGACAAUUGUAUAUAUUCACUGCAAAGGUUUUAUGCUUGUGGCAGAGAGAGAUGGCUGUUCAGGCAGCCAUCAUGAACUCGCAGUUCUUAAACUUUUGUUUUCCUGGCUCGGUCAUGGAUUAUGAGGUGGAAAAGGGUCUGGAAGGGGGACUCCUGGGUGAGGUGGACUGUGAGGGUGACUUUAAGGAGACAACUAGAGACCUGCUUAGCUUUAUUGACUCAGCUUCCAGCAACAUCAAACUUGCACUGGACAAACCUGUCAAGUCAAAGAGGAAAGUCAACCACCGAAAGUACCUGCAGAAGCAGAUUAAGAGGUGCACAGGAAUCAUCUCACCAGGGAGCAUACCGGUUCAGGAGCAAUGCAAGAGACAAGGCUCGCCCCAUAACCCAACAAGCAACCUCUCCAGCAAAAUGCCUCCCAAGAAGAAUGGGAUGCAGGCCAACCUGCAAAGCAAGAGUUUGGCUGCCCUCUUCAACUCGGCAAAGGAUGUACGAGCAGAGAGAGCCAAGAAGCCCCCGCUGCGGCAUCGAAACCUUCCUCCAUCCUUCUUCAUGGAGCCGGCCAACAGCUCCAGAGUUACAUCUACUUCUGGCAUGUCGCUCAAAGACCUGGAGCGAGGGGCUCCGGAAGCAACAGAGUUCUUGGAGCUUCUUGGACCUGAGUACAGCAACAUGGUCUCAGAGCAGGAUCUAUUCCACACCCUACCUAACAGGAUUCAACAGGAGGUGACUGUGGGGCCUGAACCAUAUGACUCCCACCAUUUUGUAAGUGGUGGGUUCUUGUACACAGAGCCUUGGAGCACUUGUAGCAGCACCCCCAAAAAGUCAGGAGACUUGCGGACAGUACCUUUACAGCCAAAUCUUUAUACUCACACAGACCUUUCUGGCAGCAUGCCUGUGGAACAGAGCUCACCAUGUGCACUUACCUUUUCAAAUUUCUUUACAGACUGCAACGCAACUCCGGUCUCCUACGAUCUAGUGAACGGAUACAACAGAGGGAGCUUUUCAUCUCUUUAAGCCAGAGAUUUUCUGUUAUCUUGGGCAUUAUAUUGGAACAAAAACACGUAUGCAUCUUUCAGUAUGAUAUUGAUAAAGGACGCUACCAACAUGUAAUUGCCCUUUUAACCUUAAAACAUUUUGACUCAAAAAAAAAAAAAAAAAAUCUAUUUUAAACCAUUGCUUGAUGGGAUAACAUGCAUACAGUAGACACCUAUAAAAAAAAAAAAAAAAUCUUAAGAAGACCUUUGCAUCUAAGGACAAUUUUUUCUCCAAUUAUUGAAUAAAAACAAAAUGCAUUUUACAGAUUUCUAAUAAUAAAUUAAAAAAAAACUAUAUGCUUCAGAAAUUAAUUUUUAUUGCUCCCUGAAAAAAAAACAAAACAAAAAAAACAAAAAAACAAAACAUGGACCUCUUAUCCUAUGCAUUGUUUGAUUUAUAAUAUUACCAGUUUGAAGCAACAGCUCGUUACAGAGCUGAUCUCAGGGGGUUCUGCUAAUUUGUUUAAAUAUAUCACGGAUCAAAUAAUCACAAAUAUACAGUGACCCUUUUAAGUAUUUGAAUGCUUAAGCCACAAUUAAAAUGUAUGGGUUUAUUUCCAUGAGAUAACAAAAAUAUAAAAUCAACUGUGUGUGUAUAUAUAUAUAUAUAUAU